CUACUUCAACCAAAUUUUCCUGAGUCCUUCCUGCUCUGCCUGCCUUCUCUCCCCCGCUCCGCUCUCCUCUCUCUCUCUCUCUCUUUCGUCUCCCUCUCCUCUCUCUCUCUCUCUCUCUCUUCCCCCCCCCCCCUUUGCUCCCCCCCCUACUCAGAUGAUAUUCACAUGGUAUUUCGCACAGAGGCGGCUGCUCGAGAGGAGGGCACCCACCCCCACCUCAAUAUAAGCCUGUUUUUCCUUCCUUCCUCCCCCCCUUCUCGUUGGAAAGACAAAAUGUGCAGGGUGAUAGGUGGGGUGAACUGAUGGCAUCCUCCCUGCUGCCCCGCCGGUCCGUUUCUUAAGAGCCCCUUUUGGGGAGGCGACAGAACGUGAUUCUGUGGGCGCAGACACCCCGAUGGUGGCUUGCUCAGAGGGGAAAAGCAGAGAGGGAAGCGGGACCCGUCCUGUGCAAUCUCUAUUGUUUGAAACUUACUUUGUAUCAGAAAGUGAAGAUGAGCACGGGAAAGAAAUGGAGCAAGUUCAGUAGCUAUCCACUCUAACAUCUUAAUGAUAUCUUAAGGAAUCUUACAGUGCUUAUUUUGAAUUGAGAAAAUGACUGCAGAUAUAGAAGAAAGUUGUUGGAAAAGAAUACCUGUCAAAAAGUGGAACUUCCAAUAGUAUAAAAUAAAUAUACUUGUUAUGGUGCAAUUCUGGAGUGGAGUUAACCCUAUAGCACACAGGUAGCCCUCCAAGGAGAGAGAGGAAAGAAAAAAAGCUUUCUGUUUUUCUAAAUUAUGGAAAUUUUUUGGAAGACGUGGACAUGGAUUCUGAGCCUAGUCAUGGUUUCAUCGGAAUUUCACAGUGACAGCAGGCUUUCAUACAGUUCUCAAGAGGAAUUCCUGUCUUACCUUGAACACUACCAGCUAACAAUCCCAAUAAGGGUUGAUCAAAAUGGAGCCUUCCUCAGCUUUACUGUGAAAAAUGUUAAACCCUCAAGAAGGAGAAGGAGCACAGACCCUUAUGAUCAAGAACUGGCAGCAUCUAAAUUAUUUUUUAAACUUUCUGCCUAUGGCAAGCACUUUCAUUUAAACCUGACUCUCAACACAGAUUUGGUGUCCAGACAUUUUACAGUGGAAUACUGGGGAAAAGAUGGUCCUCAGUGGAAGCAUGAUUUUUUAGACCACUGUCAUUACACGGGAUAUUUGCAAGACCAGCACACUACAACUAAAGUGGCUGUAAGCAACUGCAAUGGUCUGCAUGGAGUUAUUGCUACAGAAGAUGAAGAGUAUUUCAUUGAGCCUUUAAAGAAUAUAACAGCUAAUUCAAGUAACUUCAGUUACGAGAAUGGUCAUCCCCAUGUCAUAUACAAAAAGUCUACCAUGCGCCAGCAACUUCUGUAUGAUCAUAGUCGCUGUGGAGUCUCAGAAGACCUCACAAGAAGCAGUAAACCUUGGUGGAUGAGUGAUGGAUCUGCUUUUCCAACUUCACUUCCUGUCAAUGACACAUUAAGUAGUCAUAGUCGACAGAAGAGAUCAGUAAGCCUUGAGCGGUUUGUGGAGACGCUGGUAGUAGCCGACAAAAUGAUGGUGGGAUAUCAUGGUCGCAAAGACAUUGAACACUACAUUUUGAGUGUAAUGAAUAUUGUUGCCAAACUUUAUCGUGAUUCCAGUCUAGGAAACGUAGUGAAUAUAAUAGUGACACGUUUAAUUGUCCUCACUGAAGAUCAGCCAAACUUGGAGAUAAACCACCAUGCAGACAAGUCCCUCGAUAGCUUCUGUAAGUGGCAGAAAUCCAUUCUCUCCCACCAAAGUGAUGGAAACACCAUUCCAGAAAAUGGGAUUGCCCACCAUGAUAAUGCGGUUCUUAUUACUAGAUAUGAUAUCUGCACUUAUAAGAACAAACCGUGUGGAACUCUGGGCUUGGCCUCUGUGGCUGGAAUGUGUGAGCCUGAAAGGAGCUGCAGCAUUAAUGAAGACAUUGGCCUAGGUUCAGCUUUUACCAUUGCACAUGAGAUUGGUCACAAUUUUGGCAUGAACCAUGAUGGAAUAGGAAAUUCCUGUGGGACCAAAGGUCACGAAGCAGCAAAACUAAUGGCAGCUCAUAUUACAGCAAACACCAAUCCUUUCUCUUGGUCAGCCUGCAGUCGGGAUUAUAUCACCAGUUUUUUAGAUUCGGGCCGUGGUACUUGCCUUGAUAAUGAACCUCCCAAGCGUGACUUUCUUUAUCCAGCUGUGGCCCCAGGUCAGGUGUAUGAUGCUGAUGAACAAUGUCGCUUCCAGUAUGGAGCAACAUCCCGCCAAUGUAAAUAUGGGGAAGUGUGUAGAGAGCUCUGGUGUCUCAGCAAAAGUAACCGCUGUGUUACCAAUAGUAUUCCAGCAGCUGAAGGUACUCUUUGCCAAACAGGAAGCAUUGAAAAGGGGUGGUGCUAUCAGGGAGAGUGCGUUCCUUUUGGCACUUGGCCCCAGAGCAUAGAUGGGGACUGGGGUCCAUGGUCAAUAUGGGGAGAGUGCAGCAGGACCUGCGGUGGAGGAGUCUCCUCAUCAAUAAGACACUGUGACAGUCCAGCGCCUUCAGGUGGAGGCAAAUAUUGUCUUGGAGAAAGGAAGAGAUAUCGCUCCUGCAACACUGAUCCAUGUCCUGCAGGGGCCCGUGACUUUCGAGAAAAACAAUGUGCAGACUUUGACAAUAUGCCUUUCCGUGGAAAGUAUUAUAACUGGAAACCCUACACUGGAGGUGGGGUUAAACCAUGUGCAUUAAACUGCUUGGCUGAAGGUUAUAAUUUUUACACUGAACGUGCUCCUGCAGUAAUAGAUGGGACUCAGUGCAAUGCUGACUCACUGGAUAUCUGUAUCAAUGGAGAAUGCAAGCAUGUAGGUUGCGAUAAUAUUUUGGGGUCGGAUGCUAAGGAAGAUAGAUGUCGUGUUUGUGGAGGAGAUGGGAGUACAUGUGAAGCCAUUGAAGGUUUCUUCAAUGAUUCAUUGCCCAGAGGAGGCUACAUGGAAGUGAUUCAAAUUCCAAGAGGUUCAGUGCACAUUGAAAUAAGAGAAGUGGCAGUGUCCAAGAACUACAUUGCUCUAAAAUCUGAAGAGGAUGACUACUAUAUUAAUGGUGCCUGGACUAUUGACUGGCCAAGAAAGUUUGAUGUUGCUGGAACAGCUUUCCAUUACAAGAGGCCAACAGACGAACCAGAAUCUCUGGAAGCACUAGGCCCUACUUCGGAAAAUCUCAUAGUCAUGAUUCUGCUACAGGAACAAAAUUUGGGUAUAAGGUAUAAAUUCAAUGUUCCCAUCUCUCGCACUGGCAGUGGAGACAAUGAAGUUGGCUUUGCGUGGAAUCAUCUGCCUUGGUCAGAAUGUUCUGCCACUUGUGCUGGAGGUGUGCAGAAACAAGAGGUGGUGUGUAAAAGGUUGGAUGACAACUCUGUUGUACAAAACAACUACUGUGAUCCUGACAGUAAGCCUCCAGAAAACCAAAGAGCCUGCAACACUGAGCCUUGCCCACCUGAAUGGUUUAUAGGAGAUUGGUCAGAAUGCAGUAAGACCUGUGAUGGAGGAGUGCGUUCACGAACAGUUCUCUGUAUCAGAAAGAUUGGACCUUCUGAGGAAGAGACACUGGACAAUACCAACUGUUUAACACACCGGCCUAUUGAGAAAGAGCCCUGUAACAAUCAGUCCUGUCCCCCACAGUGGGUCGCUUUGGACUGGUCAGAAUGCACACCAAAAUGUGGCCCUGGAUUUAAACAUCGAAUUGUUCUGUGCAAAAGCAGCGAUCUUUUAAAAACUUUUCCAGCUGCUCAGUGCCAAGAGGAGAGCAAACCUCCAGUCCGCAUCCGCUGUAGUUUAGGUCGUUGUCCUCCUCCUCGCUGGGUUACUGGAGACUGGGGACAGUGUUCUGCACAGUGUGGUCUUGGGCAGCAGAUGCGAACAGUACAGUGCCUCUCGUACACCGGACAAGCAUCCAGUGAGUGUUCAGAAACACACAGGCCUCCAUCAAUGCAACAGUGUGAAAGUAAAUGUGACAGUACUCCCAUUUCCAACACAGAAGAGUGCAAAGAUGUGAACAAAGUGGCAUAUUGCCCACUGGUGCUGAAGUUCAAGUUCUGCAGUCGUGCAUACUUCAGACAGAUGUGCUGCAAGACCUGCCAAGGACACUGACCCACAGAAAGCAUGAGAAUGUGCCUUGUUAUUAUCAUUGUGGAAGAGUGUCUAUUGAAGAGAGCCACACAGCGGAAUAAGAUUGACGUCCUUGGAAAUGCAUUACCCUGUGGAAAACGUAACCACUGGUCAGCCCCAGCUGACAGGAUUUCAAUAUUAUUUUAACUUCUGUGAAGUGGGAUUUAUUCAUCCAAAGUGCUGGACACAGUAUAAGGAGGGCAUGCCAAAUUGGAAAGAUCCGCAUAACACAUAUAGAAUAGCUUACUGUGGAACAUUUGUGUUCUUUUGACUCAAUCCAAUAGUCUGUUUACCUCCUUGGACCAUUAAAAUAAUUUUUAUUAUGGACUUAGCGAUGA